AAUUUACAGGGUUUCCUGUUUACAGAACACAAAUAAACCAUUAUUUUAGUAUUUUAUUUUAAUAAUAAAAUAUAUUUAAUUAUUUUAAGUAAUCUUAUUUUUUAUGCCCUUAAAAAUAAAAACGUACUUCUCCCAAUUUUGUUGGAAAUUAAAGGGUGGGGACUUUUAUUUUGAAAAAGUGUAUCCUUUGACGCUCCUGUUUCCCAUAAUUCAGAGAAACAAACAGCAAUCUUUCAAUUGUGUUUAAUAUUAUGAAGUUAUAAAUAACUUUGAGUGUAUUAAAUAUAGUUUUUAAGGUCGUGUGCGUUUUUAUUUUUUUGUUUAGGCUACAGAAAAUCAAUAUUAGAUGUAUUGAGCUGUCGUAAGGAUGUGUUCUCAUAUAGACCCAAGAGGAGCAUGUCACUGAUCCUGUUUGCCUUUGUGGUCCGGGUCAGGGAUGGGCUCCCUCUCUCUGCCUCCACCGACUUCCUGCAUAACAAGGAGCUUCAGGAGAGAAAGCAGCAAAUGAAAGUGAUCUCAAAAUCUCUAAGCUUAUUACCAGAGCGAGCCAUCAUCAAGGGCAAUGAGCUUAACAUUUACUUCCUUUCAUCCGAGGGUGUGUCCUACAUGACCGUAUGUGCUUGCAGUCUCCCUGCUGCAAUGGCCUUCUGUUUCUUAGAAGAUUUGUGCUGGGAGUUCACAGCAUGCUUUGACAGCUCAGCAGUGGCCCUGGCAAACAGGCCGUACCCAUUUUUGGAGUUUGAUAGUACCAUUCAAAAACUUCAGCACCAUUAUAACCAAAAUCAAAGGCCAUCUCUGGAGGUUACUCUGGUUGAGGUGCAGGACGAGCUCAGCACCAGCCCUCCUCAGGUUCUUACCAUGGAGGACGUGACGCUGGCCAAUGGAGUAGCCAAUGGACAUGUAGAACAAACAGCUACAUCAGGUCAAAAUCAAAGACUGGAACCAGUCUCACCGCCAGGAAUUCUCUCAUUGGUUCUUAACAUCAUGUGUGCUGCCCUCAACCUUAUACGUGGUGUCCACCUUAUUGAAUACACCUUCCAGGAUGAUUAUGAUAGUUUAUGGAAUGUUGUUGCAUUUCUUGUGGCAUUUUUGUGCUGCGUUUGCCAGUGUCAUCUCUACUUGUUCCACACCUGCCAGAAAAAGUUAAAAGCCAUCAUUCUUCUGAUUCUCAUCAUUUUAUGCAACGCUUUUCUCUUCGAUCUGAGGAACGUCUGGCAGCUGCUCUUUCACAUGUCCGUGGCCUGCAUCUCCACUUUGCUCACCCUUAACCGCAAACUGCUGGACAGAAACAUGGACUGUGGGGUGUGAGAACUUUAGUGAGCAAUAUAGGGUAAGAUACUAUUAGCCCUAAAAGACCUAUUUAUAAAACAAAUGUAUGCACAGUCAAACAAACUGACAUUGAUCUUUUGUUUCAACUAUUUGACAUUGUGAUCAAGUGUUUCAGUUCUAUCACUUAUCUGUAUGUAGUGAGUGCAAUAGCUUUUUUACAGGGGUCUUAAAUUGAAUUCAUAGAUAUUAGUUUUGUAAUGGUGUAUUGUGAAUGUAAUAUGGAGGAAUUGAUGAACCGACUUGAAGAAAGGAUAAUGAGGUUGGUUUUGUUACGUUAAUUUUAUUUAUUUGUGCAAAAUAAGAAAACCUACCAAUGUCUAGGUUAAUUUAAACGAGUCUACCUUUCUAUGAUCAUCCCAAAGACUAUAAAUAUAUCAUGUCAACAAUUUUCAUAUAAUAUACAGAAGAGAUACACCGAUAUAGCGGACGAUAAUUUGUAUUGGACGAUAAAAGCUAUUUUCAAACUUUUUUUAUCUAUUGGCCGAUAGUUUUAAAACACCCGAUAGUCAUGGCUGAUAUAUCCUGUCAAUCAAAAGAGAACUAGAAAAUGCAAUUUAUUUGAGCUCUGUAUAGACAAUUUAAAGAAAAAUCACUAGUUUAAUGUUCAAUGUUAAUGGUUAUUAUAUGAACGAAUAACAUUCAGAAAUUGAAUCUUCAGAAUUUAGCUAAUACAACCACCAAACUAUCGGUAUUGGCAGAUAUCACUCUUAAUAAUCGGGUAUCGGUCGGUGGAAAGAUUUAAUAUUAGUGUGCAUCUCUAAUAUACAACAUUUGUAAUGUCAGAGGUGGCAAGAAAGAUGUACAAAUGGAGACCAGGUGCUAAAGAAUUGCAGGAAAUUUGGGGAUCAUAAUCUAGAAGUUAACAUAGAUCAUCAGGUUUUGCACAGGCACAUGUGCAUGCUUUCUCUGAAGGCAGCAUAUUAAUGACUAAUUAUUGAAAUUUGCAUUCAUUAAAGGUGGGGUGCACAAUCUCUGAAAGCCAAUGUUGACAUUUGAAAUCACCUAAACAAACAAACAAACACGCCCCUACCCCAAUAGAAUCUGGACUUUUUUUGAUAGACCCGCCUCACACAUACGCAACCCAGGCAACGAUGUUGGUUAGUAGACACGCCCCUUACUGCUGACUGGCUACAAGUGUGUUUUGGUACUCAGCCCUUUUUCAAAGCGAUUCUCAAAAAUUGUGCAUCCCGCCUUUAAUAUUUUUAGUCUUAUUGUUAUUCCAAUAAAUUUUAAUAAUAAAACUAUUUAAUUAGAAAAAUGAAGACUUUAAAUCCUACUGUACCAUUUAUAAGUGAUUCCAGUACAGAACUAAGUUUACAUACUGUAUUAAUAUUUCAUUUCAUUUUCAUUUCUUGCACUAAAUUACAUACCACUAGACAUUUUAUUGAAUGUUAUUUUGCAGCAGACAGUAUUAUAAUUUGAUGGAGUAAAUAUGUUAACUUCAGAAUUCAAAAUAAUUUAGAAUCUAUUUCGUCAAUCAUUAUUUUAAAUCUGUUUACUGUAGAUGUCAUAAACUUGCUUUUAUUCACCAAGCAAUUAAUAUGAAAAAUGUACUAGAGUAAAUCAGAAAUACUUUAGAGUAUGCAAGUAAUACUUAGGUAUAGAUAUAUGUAUUAACUCUUAUAAAGUCACAUUCCUGAAAUAUUCAGAAUUUUUGAAAAAAGUUGUUUUUAUUUAAUAAUGGUUGGUGCGGUAAUUGGGUCAAAUGUAAUUCAUUCAGGUUGCAUGUAAAGUUUAUGUUAUUUAGGGUAACAUUUGGUGAUGCGGUAAACUACAGUAUGCUCAUGUAAAUGCCCUCAAUUAUUACAGCCAUCCAAACAGAGGGGUGAGAAUGUAUGUAUAAUCAUUUUAAAGUUAGUGAAAAUCUCUUCCACUAAUAUACACUAAUAAUAUACUGACAAUGUUGUAAUGAUACCAAUAAGGGCUCUGUUUCUAUUGACUGAUUUCUAGGUUUUCUCUCAAUAUGCAGUAGCACAAACUUACAGAUUUUUACUGUAAUUGGCAUUUGUUUGACGGUUGACCAGAAAUGAUUGCCCUCAGCCUUAUAUAUAGAUACAUAUUUGCUCACUCCUCUCAUAUACAGAGCUCAGAGUUUGUUCAAACAUUAAAAUGUAUUUUUAUAAUAAUAGUUACUAUGAUGUUUGUAGAUACAUUAUGUGAGAAAAUGAGUGUUUACUUGUAAACAAGGUUGUAUGUAGAUAAUGUUCUUUUUACAUUUUAAAACAUCUGUGUCAGUGAUUUAUAAUAUUGGUACUGCUGGUAUGGUGGUUAUUUUUUAAAACACACUUACAGUACACUUGACAUAAUCGUAUCCUUUAAACCGUUGUCUUACAUACACAUUCACAUAUUUACACAUUUUACAUAAAUAUUUAAAAAAAUGUUUACCCAGUGUUUUUUUAAUUGACAUUUAUGAGAGUAAUAUAAAAUAAUGUCUGAUGAUAUUAUACGAAUUUUUGGGUUGUGUUAAAAUAAAUAAUCUUGUGGAAGGAGCAAA